AAAAAAAAACUUGGAGAAAACAGCACUCAUCUUUUUCUUCUAUAAAAAGCUCAUAUUACUCAUGUCUCAUCAAAGUGGUAUUCAAGUGUCUGAAGAGCUAUCCAAUGUCUUUACAAAUGCUGUUUCUACAGGCAGCAUUCGUUUCCUUCGCGUUUCUAUAAAGAAUGAAUCCCUUGUACCUGAUGGCACCUCAUCUGUACAGAAUGAUUUCGAGUCAGAUUAUAAAAAGUACAUUAAUGAGUAUAUUGAGACAAAUUCACCCGCAUAUAUUUUUGUUCGUUUGGAUGAAAAGUCAUCCUCAGGUGAAUACAAAUGGCUAUUCCUGUGUUAUGUACCUGAUAAUGCCAAAGUUAGAGAUAAAAUGAUUUAUGCUUCUACUCGAGUCACUUUAACAAAGGAAUUGGGAGACUAUAGAUUCGAUGACAGUAUUUAUGGAACUGAGAAGUCGGAGUUUACUUGGGAAGGAUAUAAAAAGCAUUUAGCACAUAAGGCAGCAGGCGCCCCUUUGACAAAACGUGAGCAAGAGUUAGCAGAAAUCAAGGCAGCAGAGGCUAAAACAGUAUCUGAUUACCAAGGCAUUUCUGCAAGAAAAAGCUAUGCUCCUGGUGUUGCAUUUCCUUUAACUGAUAAAGCUGUCAAUGCACUUUCUGAAUUAUCAAAGACUAAAGAAAACAGAUCCCAUAACUUUGUUUCAUUGUGCUUAGAUAGCGAAAAGAUAGACUUGGAUAAAACUGCCAAUAUUUGUGUUGAUGAAUUACGUAAAACAAUAACAGAAAAUGCUCCACGAUUUACUUUCUAUGUUUAUGAAUAUCAGCCCUCUACAGAAUCUCUUAUAUUUAUUUAUACGUGUCCACCAAGCUCAAAAAUCAGAGAGCGUAUGUUAUACUCUUCUUCAAAGGCAAAUGUAAUUACAGCAGCUGAAAAUGAUGCUUCAAUUAAAGUUAUUAAGAAGUUCGAAACAAGUGAUUUAAGUGAUUUAAACAAGUCAUAUUUCGAUGAAGAAUUAUUAGAAAAUAGUAACUAUUCUGACUCUAAUAACAGUGGAUCUGGCUCUAGUACACCUACUGGUAGUAUUGUCAGUGAAAGAAUCCAAAUGUUAGGUGGUACUCGACAAGGCUUCAAACGACCUGUAGCUCCUGGUAGAAGAAGACCUCAAACUACCCAAUCUUCCUCUUCAACCAAUACAAAUUCCUCUUUUUAAAUUAAUAUUUUUUUUUGACCUGAAUUAAACAAUUCAUGAUUAGAAGUAUUACUUUUAACUUGCUACUACUUCUAGCUGAACUGUCUCUUUAUGAUUCAAACAUUAUUAUGUAAUCUCAGUACCUUGAUAGUAACAACUCAUCAUUAUAAUUCUUUCGUUUUAUUUGUAUACGCAAACUUUAUUAUUAUUUUAUUUUCGAAGACGUAAACAAUUUUUUAUGCGCGUAGAUCAUAGUCUAAAUGCCAUUUAUAGCCAAUAAGAGCCGGGCUUAAAGUAUUUUUUUAGAAGUGCU